GGAAUAUAUUGAAACUUCAUAUCGUUAUGUAACGUGCUUUCAACGGACAUAUGUAUGCAUGGAGCAAUGAAAAUGAUUCAGUUCGUUCACUUUGUUGUACUGGAAGGACUAUUAAGCGACCAAGAAACAAAUAACUUCAUGGAUUCAAGGUAAUAUUCUUAGAUUUCACGUAAAGUCACAAACACCCAGCCAAGCAAACCAGGCACCUAUUCCUUGAUUACAGCUAGAAGAAACCAACCAUUCCUUUCCUCCCUUCAAGCACAAAGGCAUCAAUAUAUUAUCUUUCACUACCAGCAUGUUGCUAUGCUUCAGCACCAAAAUGGACACUCUGCUCAAAUUCCCAGGCACAACUUCACUAGCAAACCAGGGUGUUAAGUCCCACAUUAUCACUCCAAGGCUCGCCUCGAGGUCUUUGUCCUUCAACACAACAUGCAAUUUUGGUCUACACAAGACUAAUAUACAGCAACACAAUGUCAGUUUCAAAAGAAAAACGCAACACCUAUUCUGGGACAACCCCAGGAUUUCACCCCAGGCCUUAGACCUAAGCUCUGACUCUUCGUCAGUUUCAGAGUCUCCAUCAGAAAAAGUGAAGCAGUUUUACACCAACAUCAAUGACAAAAAUCUGCAACAACUAGGUGAAUGCAUAUCCAAGGACGCUCAAUUUGACGACUACUCUUUUCUCAAACCCUUCAAUGGAAAAGGCGAAGUUAUGAACUUCUUCAACACGCUCACUGCAAGCAUGGGUCAGAAUGUGAAAUUCAAGGUUGGCCAUAUAUGCGAGGGAGAUGGAAAUACUGCUACUGCGACUUGGCAUCUAGAAUGGAAAGGUACGCAGGUCCCAUUUACCAGAGGUUGCACCUUUUUCGAGUUCACAAAAGGAGGAGACACACUAACUAUCAAGAAGGCUGUUGUAUUAAUUGAAUCGCCAAUUAAACCUGGAAGCAUAGUUCUGACUCUGCUGAAGACUGUGACUUCAUUAUUCGAUGAUUUUCCAAGGGCAGCAGAGUGGUUCUUAAACAGUCAUUAUAAAGUGCUGAAGAUGAUAACAAAAAUUUACACCACACUUAUAGCACCUCUCAUUGUCAACCCACUACUAGGAUGGUACAUCAAGAUUUGGAGCAUUGUUGCCCGAUUGUUCGGCUAUAUAUACAACAUCGCAGUUUACAUUUCUAGGAUUUUCUUUAAGUAACACAGCAUAAAAGACAGUUCGUGAUGAGCGAGUAUUGAUUGUCAAGAAAUUAGUUUGUCAUACCACCUGUGAAUUGUGAUCA